AAAAAUGAGAUAAUGAGAUAAUAACAAUAGAGAUAAUGAAUAUUUAUUUUACAAAAGUCCAAAUAAUAAAUUGUUAAAGAAAAAAAUAUUAAAAAUCCCAAAAAAGCUGUAAAGUCAUGUAAUAAUAAUUAUUUAUUAAAUUAAUUUAAAGUAAUAUAUUUAAUUUUUGUUCUAUUUAUCACUAUUUAUAAACACCCCCUGCACCCCCCGCAGCAUCUUAUAAAAAUGAUAAGCGCAGUUCCGCAACAUAUCAAUAUGGCGACUUUGCAAAUUAUAGCCCAAUAAAAAUAAAUAAAUAAUAAAUAUAAAAACAUGGUAAAUUAAUUUAAUUAAUAAAUAUUAUAUAAAUUAUUAUUUGUUAAAUUAAAUAUCAAUUAAUGGUACAAGUAAUUGUGUAUGUUAAAAAUUAUAAGAACAAAAUUUUUGACAGCAAUUGUGACAGUUGUUUAUAACUUGUCAGAUUUGUGGUGAUAAAUAAAUAUAUAAAGAAUAAUUUAUUAAAUGAUGUUUGUUGACAUUUUAAAAUUAUCCUUGAGACUCUGGGAUUCAUUUGAUGAUACUCAUCAUCUUGACAAGAAUACCAAUUCAUCAAAUUAAAUUUGAUAAUAAUUUUUCAACAAGUUGAUUUAUUUAUUUAUUUUUUUAUAUAAGAAAAAGUGAAUCAAAUAAUGGAAAAUUUGGAGUUAAAUUUUGACAUGACCUUGGACUCUCUGAAUCUAUCAGAAUCAGAAACAUCAAUUUUAGAACAACAAUUUUUAUUGAAUAAUCAAGAUUUAAUUGAUGAUAUUGAAAAAUUAAAAAUAAAUUAUGAAAAUUAUAAAACAGAAAAUGAAUUGUUAAAGCUAUCAAAUAAUGAAUUAAAAAAUAAAAUAUGUGAGCUAUAUAAAAAUGAACAGUUAAAUUUAAAUGAUAAAAAUAAGCUAGAUAAUUUGUACAAAGAUUUGAAAUGUCAAUUAAUUGUCAUUGAAAAUUCAUCAAAUUGGUAUAAAAAAAAAUUUCACGAAUCAGAAGCAAUAAAUGUAACAUUAAAAUGUGAUAUUGAAACAUAUGAAAAAGUAUUAUUACAAAGAGAAAAAACAAUUAAUGAUUUAAUUCAAAAAUCAAAUAGCCAUGAUGAGCUAAUAAUUAAAUACAACAAUUUACACAUAAAACACAAUGAAUUAGUUAAUAAAAAAAAUCAUGUGCCAUUAGUUGAUGAAAAUUUAAAUUUGCAAAAAUCAAAUGAUGAUAAAAAAAUUAACGAAGAAAGUAAUGGAUACAUUAUAAAAAUAAAUAGCUUAGAAAAUCAAUUAGAAUUAUUAGAAAAAAAAUAUUUAAAUUCUGAAAGUUCAAGAUGUCUAAUUGAAGCAUCAUUAAAUGAUUGUCGAAAAAAAAUAUUAAAUUUAGAAAAUAAUAUAAAAUUAAAUGAGCUAAAAAAUAUUGAAUUUAUUGAAAAACUUAAAUUAUAUGAAAAUAAUUGUGAAAUAUUAAAUAAUGAAAAUAAAAAAUUAAAUUUAAUAUUAUUAUCAUCUAAAAAAGAACAGUGCCAAAUUGAAGAAGGUAUUAUUAAUUUACGUGUACAAUUAACAAACAUGAUUGCCCAGUAUAAAUCACUUAAAUUGCGUAAUAAUAAUGUAGAAAAAAAAUUAUUAAAUUAUUGGGAUUUAAUUGCUGAUAAUAAGCAAUUAAAAAAACAAAUAAUAUUAAUGAAAAAUUCAUAUCAACAACGAGUUAAUGAAGAAAUAAAUAAAUCAAAAAUUGCUGAAAAUUUAUUGAAUAAAGAACGUGAUGAUAAAGUGAUGAUUUAUCAACGUGAAAAAACAAUAAAUUCAAUGAAAAUUUGUCUUUAUCAGUCACUUGAAAGAGAAAAAAAAUUAAAAGAACAAUUAAAAUUAUUGGCAAAAGGUGCUGAUGAAAGUGUUGAUGAAGGCUAUGCUGAUGGUGGUGCUGUUACAUUUGAUGUAUCAAUAACAUCACCAACUGAAAUUGAUCCAAGUAUUAUUAAUUUUGCUACCGAGCUUAUUAAUAAAAGUAAUAAUUUUUUAAAACCACUUCAACCAACUAUCGAUGAGUUGAGAAAAAAAAUUGAAAAUUUUUCAAAUCAUAAAUGUUUAAAAAGUAUUUAACAAUACUAUUGUUUUUUUGUUUGUUAAUAAUAUAGUAUUUAUUAAUUUAAUUUGUAGAAAAAAAAAGUUAUAUUUUUUGAAAUUUCAAGAUGAAAAAAAUAUUUAUUUAUAUUAAUGAUAACUAUUUGUGAUUCCAGUAGUAUUAAUUAUGUAUUAUAAAUUUUUUUCUGUGUUAAUUAAUAAUAAUGUUUAAUAUAAUAUUUAAGAGAAAAAAUAAUACAACUAAUAUUCCAAGAGAAAAGACAUCAAACAAAGCAGCUAAUUAAAUUCAAUUGUUUUUCUUUUUUCAUGUAAAAAAAAAUUAACAAAUUGUAAAUAUAAUUACUUUGUAAUUAUAAGUGACCAAUGUUAUUGUUUUUAAAUAAUUCAAUAAAUUAAAAACAAUUUAAUCAUUAGAAAAAUUAAAAAAACUGUUAUCAUUUUCGAUUAGCUAAUUAUUUUAAAACUAAAAAAUACAAGUGUCUAAUUGAAAUAGUUCUCAAGACCUUAUGAAAUAAUAAAAAAAUUAAACAACAAAA